GCAUUUAAAUUUUAUUCUAUCACCUCCUACCAGCGUAUCACUCUGACACUGCCGAUGGAGCUGAGCAAACAAACCAAGUUCACGCGUCAGGAUUGUUAAGUUACAUUUAUUGUUUCGUCACGGCUUGUUAUAAAUUGAACGGGGAAAUAAGUACACUUGUAGUGAGUGCACCAUCUGCAGGACCAAUAAAAACUGGAAACUGAUAAAGACUCCAUCGCAUUUCUAGUGGCGCUUCUCUCUAGUACCAUGGGCGCAGAAUUUCUUAUGUGGAAAUACAGACCUGCGCUUUUGGUCACGGUGCUAUUUUUUGUCGUCUUUAAGAUGCACUUAACUUCAACUGACAACAGUGUUGCACCUGUUGGUAAAUUAUAUACCAGAGGGAAUCACUGGGCAGUAGGACACCUCAUGGGGAAGAAGAGCACAGGGUCAGUGGCAAGCAAAAGAAUCAGUUACCAGCCUCUGCAAUCUCCUGAAGAAGACGAGCAGCUGAACUCAUACUCACAACCAUCCAGUCUGGUCAGAGGCCUCAUCAGGGUCCUGACUGGGCAAGAGAGCCGGACUGAGGUAAUCCCGCACAGGGAAUGGCUCUGGACAGGAAGAGAGAGUGGGAGGAAAGACGAGAAAGACAGGACCCAUGACAGAGGCAACUGACUUCCUGCUAGAAGCUCUCAGCAUGAAGGACAGCAACUUUAGCUGAAGAUAGGGGUCCUGUUAAAAACAAGCCUUUGUAAGCAUUUUAUUUAAGACAGUAGUACCUGCCAUUAACAAAAUUUGUCUGAAACAAAUUGGAUUGUAUGUCUGCCUUUGUUUUUUUUGUAUUUAUAUUUUAAUAGCCCAUUCAUGUUAUUUUUGUAAUUGAACACUUCAAUAGGUCCACUUUAUGCUAUUUCUGUUACUGAUAUCUAUAUUAUACCAGUCAUAAUCUCUAUAUUUUAAUAUACAGCAAUACUUGUGUUUUCUCCACCAUAAUAUUUGUUACUUUUUACAUAAACGUUGUAUUAAACAUAUAUAAUAAAUUGAAACUGUUUGAAUAGGCGCA